GUCCGCCCAUCUGUCCGUGUCCGUCUGUCCGUGCGAGCGGUGCGCCCGGAGCGGUGCGGCCCCGCGGGAGCGAUGGCGGCCGGCGGGUACGGGCGGUACCGGGCCGCGAUCUUCGCGGCCAUGUUCGUGGGCUACACGCUCUACUACUUCAACCGCAAAACGUUCUCGUUCGUCAUGCCCGCCGUGAUGGCCGAGGUGCCGCUGGGGAAGGACGAGCUGGGUCUCAUCACCAGCAGCCAGUCGGCGGCCUACGCCAUCAGCAAGUUCAUCAGCGGCGUCCUGUCCGACCAGAUGAGCGCCCGCUGGCUCUUCUCCUCCGGCCUCCUCAUGGUGGGCUUGGUCAACGUGGUCUUCUCCUGGAGCUCCACCGUCACGGCCUUCGCCGGGCUCUGGUUCCUCAACGGGCUGGCCCAGGGGCUGGGCUGGCCGCCCUGCGGGAAGAUCCUGCGCAAGUGGUUUGAGCCUUCCCAGUUUGGGACUUGGUGGGCAAUCCUGUCUACAAGCAUGAACUUGGCUGGAGGCUUAGGCCCCAUUGUCGCUGCUCUUGUGUCUAUGAACUACGACUGGCGCAAGACUUUGUCCUUCUCUGGCUUCACCUGCAUGGUUGUCUCUUUUGUUUGCCUUGUCCUGAUUAAAAACGAGCCGGCAGAUGUUGGGCUGCCCAACAUUGAGCAAGGAGCCAAGAAAGGGAAGAAAGGUUCCUCCAGUGACAACAGCACCUUGACAGAGCUGCUGCUCUCCCCAUACCUCUGGGUGCUCUCAACAGGCUACCUGGUCGUUUUUGGAGUGAAAACAUGCUGUACUGACUGGGGACAGCUCUUCCUGAUCCAGGAGAGGGGACAGUCCAUGCUUGUAGGCAGUUCCUACAUGAGUGCCUUGGAGAUUGGGGGCCUGGUGGGAAGCAUUGCUGCUGGAUACCUUUCUGACAGAGCAGUAGCAAAAGUCGGGCUGUCGAGCUACGGGAACCCGCGGCACGCGCUGCUGCUCUCCAUGAUGGCCGGGAUGUGCGUGUCCAUGUUCCUGUUCCGGAUCACAGUCACGGGUGACUCUCCCAAGGAAAACCACUUCUGGACUGUAGCCUUGCAACCUCUAGCUGAUCUUACAGGCCUAAAAGAACAUGAGCUGUGGAUUCUGACUCUGGGAGCUGUGUUUGGGUUCUCCUCGUAUGGGCCGAUUGCCCUGUUUGGGGUCAUAGCCAACGAAAGCGCCCCUGCCAACCUGUGUGGCACCUCCCACGCCAUAGUGGCCCUCAUGGCCAAUGUUGGGGGUUUCCUGGCUGGACUGCCUUUCAGUACAAUUGCCAAGCACUACAGCUGGGCCACAGCCUUCUGGGUGGCUGAAGUCACCUGCAUCGUUAGCACAGUGGCUUUCUUCUUGCUACGAAACAUCCGCACCAAGAUGGGCCGCGUUCCCAAGAAGGCUGACUGAGGACAGGCUGCUUGGUGGAAAGGAUGUUCCCACGCUGACGUGAAUGAUGCUCGUUUUUGUUUAACUGGCCUAGGAGUGAGUUUACCUAUUGCUGCAACCUAGAUAAAAAUGUCUCAACUUCUCAUCCAGUGUCAGGUGCCAGAGGGCACAAGGUUCCUGCUACUGAUCACUUUUUCCCUCAAGAUGUGAUAAUUCACCUAGUUUACAUUUGCAA